UAUUAAAGUAGUCUUAUUCUUCUUCGAUUACCAUCUGAGUAUUUCACUGCGAGUGUUGUACCAGUUAUAAAUAAGCAGUCACGAUAAACCUUCACAAUGGAGGUCCAACCUGAUCGAACAUCGGGCUCCAAGUACUAUGAUAUUGUGAUUGUUGGUGCCGGGCCAGCCGGCCUCAUGUUGUCCACUUGCCUCGCAAGAUGGGGCUACAAGAUCAAGCACAUCGACAACCGCGCUCAGCCGACCCCGACGGGUCGGGCGGAUGGUAUCCAGCCACGCUCGCUAGACUUGCUUCGGAACAUGGGGCUCAAGCCCGCUAUCAUGGCGAACAAGCCCGCCCGAGUCUACGAGGUUGCGUUUUGGGAUCCACCAAAGAGCGGAAAGGGUAUCGAAAGGACUGGCACCUGGGCCAGCUGCCCGAGUUUCAUCGACGCAAGAUAUCCAUUCACCACUCUCCUGCAUCAAGGUAUGAUCGAGAGGGUGUUCAUCGCCGACUUGGAGAAGAGUGGCGUCCAGAUCCAGCGACCGUGGACGAUUACCGGGUUCAGCUCGGACGAGAAGGAGAACCCAGAGUAUCCAGUAACGGUGGACCUGGAGCAUGUCGACGGCACCAACAAGGAAACCGUUCGAGCCAAGUAUCUCUUUGGCGGCGAGGGUGCCCGGUCAUUUAUCAGGGACCAGCUCAAGAUUGGAAUCAAGCACAAGGAUCCCAUUGCCUUUGUUUGGGGCGUCAUGGAUGGCGUGGUCCAGACCGAUUUCCCAGAUAUCAAGAUGAAAUGUACAAUUCACUCGGAGCAUGGAUCCAUCAUGGUGAUACCUCGCGAAAACAACAUGGUCAGACUCUACAUUCAGAUUGCGUCUUCAACAGACCCGGACUGGAGCCCCCGGAAGACAGCCACCGAGGAGGAUGUUCAAGCGUCUGCCAAGAAGAUUCUGCAACCCUACUCGAUCGAGUGGGACAGAGUAGAAUGGUACUCGGUGUAUCCCAUUGGACAGGGAAUUUCGGACCGAUAUACGUUGGACCAUCGAGUAUUCCUCGGAGGUGACGCGUGCCACACCCACAGUCCGAAAGCCGGACAGGGCAUGAACACUGCCUUCCUGGAUGCUCAGAACCUGGCAUGGAAGAUCCACCUUGUCGAGCGUGGCUUUGCUGACCGGAGCGUACUAAAAACAUAUGAGCCGGAGCGAAAGGAGGUUGCAGAGUCGCUACUCGCGUUCGACAACAAAUAUGCCAAACUAUUCUCUCAACGGCCGCCAGCAGCAACUGAAGUCCAAGCUGCAUCGGAAAACGUUUCCGAGGAGGCGGAGGAUAACGAAUUCAUCAAGACGUUCAAGGCCUCAUGUGAAUUCACCAGCGGGUACGGCGUGGCCUACGGCCCGAACUCUUUCAACUGGUCUGAGGAUCAUCCCGCGCAGUCGCAUGUCCUCCACCCGAAGGGAACGAAAUUACGGACGGGUCGGCUGUUCAUCAAUUCCGACGUGACCCGCGUCGCCGACGCAAACGUGGUCCACCUUGAGCAAGAGGUGCCUCUGAACGGCUCCUUCCGUAUCUUCGUCUUCGCCGGAAAACCUUCUGUGACGCGCCAGGCACUCAAGGAUCUCACAACCUACAUGAACAGGAAGGGUUCGUUCUUCUCCACCUACCUCCGGCCGGACAUCGACCAGGUAUCGUACCACGAGAGACACAACCCCCACAGCUGGUUGUACACCUUCUGCACCGUCUUUGCGGCCCCUCGCACCAGCAUCGAGAUCAGCAGGGACGUGCCUGACCUGUUGGCACGGUAUCGGGAACACGUCUACGCCGACGACCGGUGGGAUCGCCGAGUACCCGAUGCCGCAGCGGCCGCUCACGCGAAGAUGGGGCUCGACCAGGAGAAGGGCGGUGUGGUAGUAGUCCGCCCCGAUGGCUAUGUCGGCAUGGUGGCCAGCCUGGUGGAGGGCAGUGACACCGUGGACGCGCUCAACCAGUAUUUCAGCUCAUUCUGCACCAAGAAGCUGGGGGAGACAAUGGCACAAUUGUAGCGGACCUGCUUCGCACGACUCGGCCUGCAAUGGUCAACCUCGCCGUUCUUCCAAGCGAAGCUUUGCGUGUAUCCAUAUUUCAUAGUCAAUAUACCCGCAUCAUCCAGCAGAAAUGCUCGUUAGUAUAGCCUGUGCCCACUUGCCCACUCCAUUGCAAAUCCCAUGUUUCGC